AUGUCCGCUCCAUCAUUCACUUGCCCCAAAGGCAACAAGCGCCUCAUCUUCUCAUCCUCAACCUCACACCCCGCAUCCCAAAGCAUCGAUAAAAUACUCCAAGAAUUCAAAGACCUCUGGACCAACGCCACUCCCUCCCAACAAAAAGAUAAUUCCUUCAUAAAAGAAGCGAUGAACGAAUUUUUAAAAGACGUCGAAAUGUCCAAACAAUACGAAGAUGCUCUUGUGGACAGGUUCCCACUGAUGACUUGGAAAUUGAAAGGUUUUCAGGAGGUGAAGAAGAGGGUGUACAAUUUGGAGGGUGAGCAGGGUCCUGCUUAUGCGAGUUUUUUGGAAAUAGCGUCGGGUGAUGGAAGUGAUGUAGGGUAUGAAAAGAGUGGAGGUGGAGGUGGGGAUGGGGAUCGUGAGUUGGUUGGUCCGAAACCUGCUUUGAAGAAAGGAUAUCGAAGAUUCUUGGAUGAUUUUGAUGAUGAUGAUGAGCGACCUUCGCGUGGAUAUCAGGCAUCUCAACCACCAGAAGGUCAGCAGCAAUCUCAACAACCUCAGCAAAUUGAACAGAGUGGAAAUCAACAAAGAGGAUCCAGGCGAAGGCGGCCGCGCUUGCUGUUCAGGAGGAGAGCACGGAGAGAGGGGUGA